AUGGGUCCACUGAGCAUGUGCGCGCUGUGCUGCGCUGCGCUUGCUGUUGUCCAUGGAUUUACUCACGAGGACCUGAAAGAGGCCAUGCUUCGGAAACUAGCGCUGGACGAGCUGCCCGGCAUCGACGAGCGGGACCUUGAGAAGAUCGUGAUCCCAACCCAUCUGAAGAACAAGUACCUGUCCAUGCUGAGACUGCACAACAGCAGACGGCGCAGAUCCCUACCCAGCCUGGCUGGAAUUCUGAGAGGAAUCCCGGGAAAUGCAGAUUUAAGCGGGGGGAUCAUGUAUUCCGACGCCACCCGCCAGCGGAUGGUCUUCGACAUGGAGGCCCGGAUCCCGGAGAGGAGCGAGGUGACGCUGGCCGAGCUGAAGCUCUUCAAGACGGCGCCUCCGGAGAGUCUCGGAGCGCAGGAGCAGCAGCAGCAGCAGCGGCGGCGGCGGCUCGUGCAGAGCGCGCGGGUCAGCAUCUACUGGGUGGACGUGCGGGACGGCGGCUCGAACCGCACCUCCCUCGUCGACUCCAGGUUGGUGCCCAUUCAUGAAACGGGCUGGAAAAGCUUCGACGUGACCCAGGCGGUCCACCUGUGGUCGAAGAGCGGACGAAGCAGCAGCCUCCUGCACUUGGAGGUGCGUAUCGAGGCGGAGAGACCGGGCUCGUACGCGGCACAGCUCGCGAAACACGUGCGCUUCCGAAGCCAGGACCCACCGUCCGACAGCAGCCCCGGCGGGAGCGCCGAGAUCGUGCUCUACACACUCAGUGUCGAGGAAUUUGGCUCUCAAGGCGACUGCGGCUCUACGGACGGCCGCGCGUGCUGCCGACAGCAGUACUUCGUUAACUUCAGGGAAAUGUCGUGGACGCAGUUCUGGGUCCUAGAGCCGGCCGGUUACCAGGCGUUCCGCUGUGACGGCCAGUGCAGGCAGCCCAGGCGCGGCCCCGCCUACGGGAAGCGCGUGUGCGCGCCCGUGGAGAGCGCGCCUCUGCCUGUCAUGUACCUGGUGAAGAAGGGCGAGCACACCGAUAUCGAGGUGGCCGAGUUUCCCAACAUGAUCGUGGAGAAAUGUGGGUGCGCUAUGGAAAACGUCGUCGUCGUCUGAUCUAUACAGAUAUUACUUACUUGGCAUGCGUCAUAAUACCAAAUAUAUAAUGAAACUUACAGUACUUUAUAUUAUUCAUUGUUAUGGUUACUGAAGACGUGUAUAAAUGCAGGACGCGACCGUUUUGCACACAAGCACUUAAAAUGUGAAUAAUUUAUUUUUGUAUUUUUA